UGUACUAAGGAAGGAGUAUCAAUACAUUUUACCUGCAAAUCGAGGAAAAACUCGGUUGUCCACUCUUUGCCAAGUCCUCACAAUCGGGGACUUGACUCAGCAGCCCCUCACGAUGCCACUGAACGGUGAACGUCCCACCUCCACCUCUACGGUGGCCAGCGAGGACAAGAACAGUGACACAGAGUCAUCGGAAAGGUGCGACAGUUUGACCUGGUCUAGCGAUGUGGACUGUUCUCGCCAGAGCUUCACCAGCGAUUCGUCCAGCAAACACAACUCUCCUUCUUGCAGCCCACCAAAAACCCUAACGCUUGAUGAGGUCAUGGCCUCGGCUCGGGACCUUUCUAAUCUGAGCCUGGCUCAUGAGAUCGUUGUUAACCGGAACUUCCACCUAGAGCCGCCGGAUCUACCCCAAAAUAGCCUGGAGAAGAGGGUUAAAGAAAUGGUGCGCAAGGCCUUCUGGGACUGUCUUGAAACCGAGCUGAAUGAUGACCCUUCUGAGUAUGAUUACGCCAUCAAACUUCUGGAAGAGAUCAGAGAUAUCCUGCUGUCCUUCCUGAACCCCGGGGCCAAUCGCUUGCGUACUCAGAUCAUGGAGGUUCUGGACAUGGACCUGAUCCGCCAGCAGGCUGAUAACAAUGCGGUUGACAUCCAGGGCCUUUUGUCUUACAUCAUCAAUACUAUGGGCAAGUUCUGUGCACCGGUCCGAGACGAUGAAAUCAAGAAGCUCAAGGAGAACUCAGGCGACUUAGUGACACUGUUCAAGGAAAUCUUCCGGGUGCUGGACCUGAUGAAAAUGGACAUGGUGAAUUUUACCAUCCAGAGCCUCAGGCCAGAGCUUCAGAGGCAGUCGGUAGAGUAUGAGAGAGCCAAAUUCCAAAGCAUUCUGGAAAGAACUCCCAGUGCUUUGGACCACACAACUGAGUGGAUCAAAUCUUCAAUAGAGGAGGCCACUCGAGUCAUGCCACCAGCAGACAAGAGCAGCGAUUCUGGGCAGAGCGGCAAACCCUUACCAGGCCCCACGCUGGUGCUAAAUACAGCCUACAUCAGACUGCUCACCUGGGACGAGAGCAAGGGCCCAUUACCUGAGACCGUGAUGACGGAUGAAGUGAGGUUGCAGGAGAUGCAGCGGUCUCUUCAGCUCUAUCAAGCGGGCGCGUCUGUUCUGCUGAUAGUCUAUAGCUCAAUAGGAGGGGCCGUGUCAGGCCUGCCCGCUCUUGUCGAGAGACUUAAGAAGAUGACAGCAGUGCUGCUGGAGGGCAUGCAUAGCGCAGACUUUAAUCUCACUGAAGCUCUUGGAAACGUCAGUGCUCAGAUCUGCUGUGAAGUCAACAAGUCUCUGGCUGAAAGAAACUUCCCAGCUCUGCCGGCUGAACUGCAGGAAACUUUAAAGGGCCAGAUUUGUGACAUCACCCAGGAAAACAACCCAAUACGCACUCUUGUUGAGGGAAGGGUACAGCAGUACUUUAGGGUGGUCCUCGCCUCUACCAACUCUCACAGGACGCCCCCUCCUGUACCGCCAGGCUUGGGUCUGAUUCAGCCGGAGCUCAUGGGGCUCGGGGUCAGUUUUGUCAACCUCGUCAACUUCAACAAAAAGGUUUACGGUCCUUUCUACGUGAGCAUCCUGAAGAAUCUACUUUUCAUCGACAUGCAAGCACCAACUCCGCAGAAUGGGAUCAUACAGGGGCCACCCAGCAGCCCACUGGAGUCCAAAUAAAUCAGGAUGCAUCGUUUACUUGAUUCGUUAUCAUCACCAGACAUUUCACUCAUGUGUUUCCAAGGGGGGUCUGUUUAUUAUGUUACAAAGAGACUAUGUUCUUUGCCAAGUUAUAUUUUUAUAUUUUUAGCAUCUCUCUAACUGGUUUUCACUUGACAGUGUUACUGCAAUAGAAAAGCAGUCAUUACGUACAGUAUACCAUGACCAUGUUUAGGUGCAAGGCAGAAACUUUUCUAUAUUUACAGUUGUUAAAGACAUAGCCAAAAUAGGCUAAUAUAUUUACACAGAUCAUUUACAGUCUAUUGAGAAAAUGUUAUAUCCAUUUAGAGAUACCCAUGUUGUUUCCCAUGCCCAUUUUCUAGAUCAUAAAACAAGUUUAUUGGAGCAUAUUGAAAUCCAUCAUCGACAAAGUGAAAUUAUACUAUACACAUUAUUUUGAAAGUAUUGUAUUACAAAUAUUAACUGUGUUUAUACUUGAAAAAAGGUCUGAAUUUCUUAUUCUGCAUAAUUUGAAAUGGAAGAAACUUGAAAUUAUAUAAAGUGUCAGAGAUAUACAGAGAUAUAUAAAGAAUCAAGAACUCUGAGAAGAUCAAAUUGAACAAUAUUGUUAAAUUAAUUUGAAUUUUUUUGGUCCUGGUAGUGUUCUUUUAUACAGUUACGACUGCAUGAUCAUUUGUUGUCCUUUUUUAUCCUUUAGACAUCAACAUCUGGGUUAGUUUUGUAUGCUGUUUGUAUCAUUGUGCUUUGGUUACAGGCAUGUUGGUUUUAUUACUGUUGUAUUUGAAAUUUAAGGGCGAUUCUCUUAUAUAAUGUUUGUGCUCUUAUUCAGUUAUGUUAAUUGUUUUAACUAUAACCUAUCCGCAUAGAUCAAGACCCUUGUUUGGCUGGUGACACACACAUAAACACACAUGAUUUUUGCUGUUGUGUCAAGCGAAUGGAUGACAUCUUUGUGUGGAAAGCCAUUGUUUUAACAUAACAGACCGUCAGUUUAACAAUUUUGCAAAUUAUGUUUUUAAGAUGUAAGAACCCUUGUAAGAACAACAAAAUAUAUGUAGUGUGACA